AUGUCCGAAGUAAGAAAUGUUAAUGAUGAUAAUGAUGAUAACGAUGAUGUGGCUAGACAAGAAGCAUUUGAGAGAAAAGUCACGGAAGUAGCGGAAGGGGUUAUGCAAGCCAAUCUCCCACGAUUAGCUCAAGAGGUAGAAAGCCGGGUUUUAGGAGUCGUGGAUGCUAUGAUGACUAGCAAGAUCGAGGAAUUGAAGGAAUUGAUUGAAGGGUCCAAAAGUAAAAGCAAGGAACGACGAUGCACGUAUAAAGAUUUCAUGGCAUGCCAUCCCGCAACGUACGAUGGUAAAAUCGACCCGAUUGCAUGCCAAAGAUGGAUUUCGAACAUAGAAGCGGUGUUCAUACGAAGUCGGUGUGAUAAGGAAGAUCAGGUGAUGUUCGCUACUGGCCAACUCACUUUCCAGGCGAAAGAUUGGUGGGAUGCGCAUAGUAAGGAAAUAGGUGAAGAAAGGCUACAAAUGAUGACUUGGCAAGAAUUUAAAGAGCCCGUCAUAAGAUACCACUGUCCUCAGUCAGCCAUCUGUAAGAUCCAAGAGGCUUUCUUACGCCUCCGACAGAAAAAUGAGACGAUAAAUGAGAUCUCGAACAUUUUCUUGGAUAGGAUGAAGUUUUGUGGAGAGUUUGUGCAAACUGAAAGAAUGAAGAUCAAUCGUUUUUAUGGAAUAUUGAAGGCAGAAUUUAGGGAGUUCAUCACUCCCUCGAAAUGCGAGACCCUUGAUGAACUCAUCAAUCUAGCGCGGGAUAGAGAAAUUGAAAUCAAGAGGCAAGAAGAACGUGGUGAAAAGAGACCAAAUGAAAAGGGUGCAAGUUCGAAUCCAUCUAAAAAGGGAAAGUUUCAAGAUCAAGGGAGGAAGGAAAAGUCAAAAGGUGGAAUUACUCCUUGCAAGACUUGUGGAAAGCUCCAUACUGGAGAGUGUCUGUUAGGCAAGAAGGGGUGUUACAAAUGUGGUAAGGAGGGACAUUCAUCUUAUCAAUGUCCGAAUAACCCGAAGACUUGCUUCAAUUGUUUUGAAAAGGGACACAUCAAAUCUGAAUGUCCAAAACUCCAGCAAGAGUCAAAAAAAGAAGAUAAGAAGCAAGAGGGUUCUAGGGCUAAAGGGAGGAUGUUCCAAAUUACAUCCGAAGAAGCCAAAUCUCACCCAAAUGUGGUCUCAGGUAUCUUUCUAUUAAACUCCAUACCGGUUUAUGUUUUGUUCGAUACUGGAGCCACUAUGUCAUUUAUUUCGAAUGAAAUUGUACAACAUCCUUCAUUUAAUAUUGAACGAAUGCCAAUGCCUCUAGAAGUAGAAAUAGCCGAUAGUAAGAUCUAUAUGUUACAUGAGAUUUGUAGAAAUUGCAAAUUCACUAUAGAAGAUGAGGAAUUCGAUAUUGACCUCAUACCUAUGGUUUUGGGGGAAUUUAAAAUGAUAGUGGGAAUGGAUUGGUUGGCACGACACCAUGUAGAGAUCAAUUGUGAAAAUAAGAUAAUGCUUGUCCAAACUCCAAGUGGAAGGCAAUUGAGUAUUCAAGGAGAGAGAAACGUGGAAACCAAAUUGUGCACCGUUGUCCAAGCUUUCAAAUACGUACUUAACGGGAGUAGAGCAUACCUAGCUUAUGUAGUAGAUGCCCGACAAACCCUCCCGAAGCUUGAAGACGUUGAGGUCGUGAAUGAAUUUCUGGAUGUAUUCCCGGAAGAAUUGCCAGGACUCCCUCCCGAAAGAGAAAUAGAGUUUCGCAUCGAAUUAAACUUGGGUGCGAAGCCAGUUGCGAAGGCUCCCUAUAGACUUUCUCCCACCGAGAUGCGGGAAUUAAUGACAUAA